AUGAAAGAAACAAUCACGAACCAGGAAAAACUUGCCAAACUGCAGGCACAAGUGUGCAUUUGUGGGAAAGGACCUGUUUGCAGAAAGAAGAAGGUGGUUCAUAGAACAGCCACAGCAGAAGAUAAAAACUUUCAGUUCUCCUUAAAGAAGUUAGGGGUAAACAAUAUCUCUGGUAUUGAAGAGGUGAAUAUGUUUACAAACCAAGGAACAGUGAUCCACUUUAACAACCCUGAAGUUCAGACAUCUCUGGCAGGGAACACUUUCACCAUUACAGGCCAUGCUAAGACAAAGCAGCUGACAGAAAUGCUACCCAGCAUCUUAAUCCAGCUUGGUGUAGACAGUCUGGCUAGUUUAAGGAGACUGGCCGAAGCUCUGCCCAAACAAUCUGUGGAUGGAACAGCACCAUUUGCAACUGGAGAGGAUGAUGAUGAUGAAGUUCCAGAUCUUGUGGAGAAUUUUGAUGAGGCUUUCAAGGAUGAAGCAAACUGAAUUGAGUCAACUUCUGAAGAUAAAACUUGAAUA